GUUACGGGAAUUUUUUCCGUAGAGUCCCGAGAUGUUGGAAAGUGAAAUGUUCCUAUUCGCACGCCAACCUGCAACGUUUGACGUAAACGAAAGUUGUAAACGGGCUUCGGUAUUAUGUUCCACGAAUUUGCGUUGUUUGUUUGUCAUUUUAUUGCAGAACUCGAUGACAAUGCACGGCGGUGGAGAAGUCGAAAAUAAGAUAUAACGCAGCACGUUUAACAGUGAUGGGAAAAUUACCGAAAGUUGCGAUGCAUGAAAUUGUUUAUCAUAAUGUCAAAAGGAGUGGAUACAUUGGACAUGGAUAUAAUUAACAUAGAGGACGUGGAAGCUGGUGUUCGUCCAUCUAAGAAUUCUACUUCAAUACAAUGCAACUGCAUUCAGUCGAACUCAGUGUGUUACAUUUUUGCAACAAUUGCCACUUUGGCUCUUUUGGGUGCGAUCGUUUUCAUCUGUCGAGACUAUAUCAAAGUGUUGCUUUAUUGGAUCGAACAUCAGAACAUAUGGAUUGUUACUAUAAUAUUCAUCGCGUUGUUCACAGUGGUUUCAUUCCCUAUCAUAAUUGGUUAUUUAUUCCUCAUCAUUGCUAGCGGCUAUUUGUUCGGCAUAUUAAGAGGGAUUGUCAUGGUUGUUUUGUCUGCCAACUUAGGAAUAGCCAUAGCACAUGUUACCCUUAGCGCGUUGUCCUCUAAACUACCUAUUGGAGCUCUUUUGCAAAAUGACACUGCAAGAGCAAUCCUUAGAGUUAUAUCUGGACCACAAGCUUUCAAGGUUGUUUUGUUUGCAAGGUUAACUCCUAUUCCUUUUGGCUUGCAAAACACCAUUUUUGCAGUAAGCAAUAUGGGCGGCAUUCAAUAUCACAUAGCUAGUGCAUUAGGUUUACUGCCUGCUCAAAUCAUUAAUAUUUACUUGGGCAGUAGUUUAAGAUCUAUGCAAGAUGUACUUGAAGAUAGAUCAACAGCAGCAACUGGUUAUAUUGUCUUCUGUUUCCAAAUUCUAAUAGGUAUUUCACUGAUGGUGUACGUUGUCCAAAAAGCACGUAGAGAACUUCAACUGGCAUUAUUAGAAGCUGAUCUUGCCUCGAUGGCUGAUACUUCUCACUAUCUUCUUGAUACAUUACCAGAUUCUAAAAUAGUUUUAACAAAUUUAAUUGCCUAGGGAUUAAAUGGAAAUCUUAUUUAUUCGUUAGGUGCCCAUAUGUUUCUAAUGCAAUUUUAUUCUGAUUAAGUUAAAGAACUGAAGAGGUUCAAUUUAUUAUUCGUUAGUGAUAAUUAUAUAUUCGUCUUUUCCAUACACCUGAAAGUACUGAAUAUUUUGUGAUAUAAACAGCAGUUAACGAACAAUCGCUUUAUUGAACAUACUUCAGUGAAAAGUUUAGACAAUAACGAAUGCAGAUAGAGAAUCAUAUUAAUAAAUAUAUUUAUUUAUUCUUUUUUUUUUCCUUUUCCGAAAAACAAUUUUUGUGCCAAAUCUUCAUUGUUGUCUUGAGAAUUUGAGUGCAUUUAUAUUUGUUGACUCAUACUAAUUUUUAUAUUGUUUGCAUUUAUUUUUGGUAAUAUUUUUAUAUAAUGUAACAAGUCUUCCAGAGCAUUUAAUAAUUUGAAUUUUACAUUAAGGAAAUACGGAACAAAACUGGGAGAAAAAAUUUAAUAAUCAGACAAGCAUGCAAAACAUGGAGAUUGCAAAAUAUUAAAAUAAAGAACAAUAACUUAUUUAACU